CCGUGUUUAUCAGCUUUCUGCUGCCCAGGGCAGGGAGGACACGGUAACCCCAGCGGUGUGCCACAACUCAGCACCGCGGCGCUGCCCGGCUCUGCCCUCCGUGACACCAAGACCACUGCCUCCCGCCGGGCGGGGAGGAAGAAGAGAGCAGGGCCGGGGCUGCCCUACUCCUCACGGCGGGCUCAGGGCAGGGGGACGACGAGACGCCCCCCGCGCCUGGGCCCCAGAGAGGCCCCUUCCCCCAGGGAAGCCGCUCUGCCCCUCAACCACGGCGCUGCCAGAGCCCGCGGCUCCAGUUUCAGAGUGGGAAGCGACCCGCCGCGGAACCGACACAAAGAGGCCCCUGUCCCCGCCGCGGAGCGGAGGCGUCGGCUCCGGAGAGAUGCGGGCGGGGAGCGGGGCAGCCCGCCGAGCCCCCAGCGGUGCGAGCCGCCGGGCAACGCUGAACUUCAGAGCGGCGGCCGGGCUGCGCGGAGCUCUGCCGGAAGCCUCCCCCAGCCGCAGAGCCGCCCGCAGAGCCCCGCUGUGCCCGCAGGCAGCGCCCGCCGGGCAGCACCUCGCGCAACCACCUCCUUUCCACAAGGAAACUUUUCCCUCGCAGCCACCGCCGAGCCGCCAGGACCCCCGGCGCUCCGCAGAGAGCGGGCCCAAAGCCGCCCCGGAGGAGGACACUUCGCUUACCUCGCCGGCAGCACGGCACAGCCCAGCGGUCAGCAGACACCUGGGCCGAAUGGGACGGGCCCUCCCCUAUUUCAGCCGCGGGACGCGGGGGCUCCCGCCCCGCCCCCAGCAGCUGCCGGCGGGGCGGGCCCGGCGCUGGGGGCAGGCCGGUGGCGGCGGGGCAGCGCCAGAGAGGCUUCGGCCUCCGCGCCCUCUCCUGAUCCAAUUAACGGGCCCUGGCGCAGAUCCCAGCCCCAAUGUCGAGGCCCGGUGCAGACCUGUGACAGCACUACUGAUCACCAUCAAGACUAGAAGGAUAUUUUUCUGCAGUAGUUUCCUUUCCUGUAAAGCAGGCCUUUGUGGAGCCUGCGGAAAGCAGUGGUCAGACAGAAUGGCUCCAGUGAAUGAGCCCAAGGACAAGAAGAAUGGAAAGGCGCAUGAGCACCAAUCAGAAGAGGCAAAAUCAGCUGGGAAAAGGAAACUGGACUGUGAAGGACUAGAGAAUGAGCCACUGGCCAAGAAAUUGUUUGUGAGGAAAACAUCCAAAGUGCAAGAGAAAAUGGGUUGGAAUAGAGGUGGGACUGUGAUGAGAAACACCAGAGCCCUUUUCCAUCAGCCGAAGUGGCAGUGCAGCAUUGUUCAUUAUGUCUACCAGAACAUGUUGGGAGGCUCCAUCCGGGCACAGCUCAGGCAGUGUCUACAGCUGCCCUUUCUGCGUUCUCUGACCUCAUACCGCCUUUUUCGAACAGCAAGUCCCUUUGACAGGAGAGUGACCUGCCUGGAGUGGCACCCAACACACCCCAGUACUGUAGCUGUUGGUUCCAAAGGUGGAGACAUCAUUCUCUGGGACUAUGAAGUACUCAGUAAAACCUGCUUCAUAAAAGGGAAAGGGCCAGGAGAUUCUCUUGGAGACAUCAAGUUCAGUCCUUAUGAGGCAGUGAAGCUUUAUGUGGCAUCAGGGGAUGGCACCCUAAGUCUGCAGGACCUUGAGGGCAGAGCGGUGCAGGUGAUCUCCCGUGCCCCGGACUGUGGCCAUGAGAACCAUAAUGUUUGUUGCUGGUAUUGCAGCGUAGAUGUUUCUGCAAGCUGCCGUGCGGUGGUGACAGGUGAUAAUCUGGGCAACGUGGUCCUGCUCAGCACUUCUGGUGAAGAGAUUUGGAGGCUGAAAUUGCACAAGAAGAAAGUGACUCAUGUGGAGUUUAACUCUCGAUGUGAGUGGUUGUUGGCCACAGCAUCUGUGGAUCAGACAGUUAAAAUCUGGGACCUCAGAAACAUUAAAGACAAAGCAAAUUUUCUUCAUGUACUUCCUCAUGACAAACCUGUCAAUGCAGCUUACUUCAGCCCAACAGAUGGUGCCAAGCUGCUGAGCACAGACCAGCGCAAUGAAAUCAGGGUUUACUCAUGUUCAGACUGGACCAAGCCGCAGCAUCUGAUCCCACACCCACAUCGGCAGUUCCAGCACCUCACACCUAUUAAGGCAACAUGGCAUCCUCGCUACGAUCUCAUUGCAGUGGGUCGCUAUCCAGACCCUAAGUUCCCAGGGUACUCAGCGAAUGAGCUGCGAACUGUUGAUAUAUUUGAUGGAAACACUGGGGAGAUGGUCUGUCAGCUCUAUGACCCGAAUGCCUCUGGUAUAAUCUCGCUCAAUAAAUUUAACCCUAUGGGAGACACGCUGGCCUCUGGCAUGGGCUUUAAUAUUCUGAUCUGGAGCCGGGAGGAGAUGGUGAUGAAGAAGCAAGAGCAUCUUUUGAAAGCCAUGACAGACCAGGGGAUUGGGAGCCGGAGUUUGUCCAGACGUGGAGGGCAGAGACAGGCAAACCCUGGGACAAGCAAACUCAAAGCUAAGUUACUGUCUUGGGAAGUGGAAGAGAUGAGAACAAAAACCAAAGAUUCUAAAUCACAGGGAAGGAAGUGAGAUUCUAAAUCGCAGGGAAGGAAGUGAAAAGAGAAGGAUCUAGAUAACUGAUUUAGUAUGUUGAUCCUUUUUUGAUCGUAGAAGGCAAAUUCAGUGCUGGCAACAGGCAGUAUAAGCACUGCAGGGCAUUAGCCUUCUACUUUGUCCUUCCUCCCUGGAUCUCAUCUUACUUCCACGAUUCUCUUUGCUUCUCCUUCUAGAGAGUUGUCAGUGGAGUUACCGCUUGAUUUCUGAGGCACUAGGGAAAACAUCAGAGGUGUUUUCAGAUUCUGCUGAAGUUGCUGCUUCCAGCCUGCUUGUUAUCGUAACAGUGAGAUAACAGGAUAUCAUCUCCUGUAGUCUGCUGUGGAGCAGCUCAUGAUGGGGUCUCCGGACUGUUCUAGUCAAAUUGAGCUGAGGAAACCUUUAUUAGCAAGAUUCAUGUCUUGAAAGGCAGAAUUCACAGGGGUGAGGUGAUGGAUAGCUUGAGUGAGUCGAGGAAACAUCAACCUCUCCCGUCUGCAAGCUUCUUGCAGCGUGUGCAUCUGUCAAAACCUCAGGCUUAGCCUGUUCUGCACCUGCAGCUAUUUAACUACACCAUGAAGAACAUUAUGGUGCCAGACCUCUUUACCUGCCUUGUGGGAUGCAUAGGCAAUAUAGAGCUAAAAACCUACUGAUUCAUUACUUUGUCUUCAGAACUCUAGGCAUUUUUUUUGCUACGGUUAGGUAUUUUUUUUCACCCAUGCCUACAUGCCUCAGAAUGUUGGGUAAGUGUGUUGUAAAGCAGAAAUGAGGGAUUUCUUCCAGAUGCCCCUUUCAGAGUCAAAUCUCACAACUGCUAUUAAACUGAAAAAUUCUGCUUUUCCUAGAUUGUUUAUAAAGCUGUCUGGGGCCUUGAUCCAGAGGCUGAUGGAUGGGCUCCAGGCCUGCUCAGAUUCUCUAUGUUCACUUUAUAGUUUUACAGCAUUGAUAUGAAUAAAAGUUUUGUACUAAAUUGAAA